AUGCAACUUCCCCCAGUCGCCGUCAUGGCGAGUUGGCCAACGCCCAACUAUGUUGACCCGGUGACUCGUGGACAUGGUGUCCUAAUCGUCAACAUUGUGUGCAUCAGCCUGGCGUUCGUGGUGACAUUGCUCCGCCUAUAUACUCGACUCCGCAUUACUUCCACCGCUGGGAUCGACGAUAUUUUGAUUAUUAUCGGUCUCAUUUUCGCCAUUGCAAUGGUUGCCGUCACUUCAAUCGCAACUGAGAGAUGGGGCUUUAACAGACACAUCUGGGAUAUUCCCGAGACGUGGUUUCCCACCAUCGAAAAGCUGAAUCUAGCUUUCCAGAUCAUGUUCUCGUGGUCGUCGGGUUUCACCAAGAUCUCACUUCUAUGGUUCUGUCGACGCCUUCUUGGUGCUGGAAAGGGCAGCUUUGUGGUCUACAACUGGGCAUUCAUCGGUUCUAUGGUCUUUGUCGCGCUUUCUGUCUUCAUGUUCACUUUCUUCAGCAUCUUCCAGUGCUCACCCGUCCAAGCAUACUGGGAAGUUGCUCCCACAUAUCCGCACAAAUGCAUGAAUGAUGGAGAUAUUGUCUUCUCGGCCAGUGUCAUCAACAUCUUCACCGAUUUUCUUGUCACAACCCUCCCAAUGCCUCUAAUCUGGAGCCUCAAACUGCCCGCUCGCCAACGACUGGCCGUCAUUUCAAUCUUCGGUCUAGGUGUCGUCGUUAAUGUCGCCGGCUCCGUCCGCACAGUAUACGUCUGGAAGAGCCAAAAAGCCAGCUACGAUCAAACCUGGCAAGGAUGGCCAAUUCUCGUCGCUGCGGUUGUGGAGAUUAGUCUAGGCCUGAUUUGCUCUUCAGCACCAGCCCUUCGCCCACUCAUCGCAACCUUCCUCCCCCGCCUCCUCCAAUCCACCAGCAAUAUCUACAGCUCCAAUCGUCAGAACCGCUCAAACAAACUCUGGUCCUCAACCGGCCGCUCUCGAAACUCGCAGAUUAAACCCGUCUCGGAUCCCCAUCAAGCCGGGUAUGAAAGUGAUCGCUUUGAGAUUAUGCGGACUGUUGAGAUGGAGACGUGGACUGAGUCUAGGCUUGCGCAUCAUAAUGAGAUGAUGGGCAUUGAUAACCGGGCUAUAUCGCCUGAUGACAUUGAGAUGAAACAAGAUCCUAUGAUUAUCACUUCUGCCGCGAGCGCGAAUUCAUCUACCUCGAUGGGGCGGGAGGAGUCGCCGGUGGGUAUGGGCCGGGCUUUUUGA